AUGGGAUUUGACACCGUGCCGCAUUCCGCCCGCUUGACGUACUCACCGCCUUUGGAGCGGUUGGACGACGAUGUGUACGCCAUUUACUGCGAAGACGACACGAUGCAAUGCAUUCCGUUUCUGUGCGGGAUGCCUGCCGACGAAUGGCAGGAACGGCGUCGAACGCAUCGCGACAUGUUCCACACAUCUGGCACUGGGGCGUUCUUUGAUGUCGUCGAGGUGGAAUCGGGAAGAGUGAUUGGAACGAGUGGGUUUCGAGUCAUCGACACCUCGACAGGGUCCGCCGAGUGGGGAAUUGUCAUCUCGGCCAAGUUUCAACGUCGUGGCUUCUGCCAAGAAAUUCACGCGGCGUGCAUGGCAUGGGCGAUCAACCAAGGCAUUCGAACGUCGACCGCUCAAACGUGGACGUCAAACUUGCGAAUGGUACAGAUCCUCGAGCGCUAUGGGUAUCGCUAUAUUGAUACGAUCGAAAACGAGUAUGGCACGUGGGCAGCGUAUGAGCUCCCUUUGCAGCCACCAACUUACAAGGCGUAA